GAACUAUUCACGGAUUCCAUGAUUGAAAAGAUCGAUUAAUCUUAAGUUCCCUAUUAUCUACUCUACUGUGCUCAGAGAUGGCUUCAGCUAGUGCUAGAUCUAGUGGUUUCUGCUCUAGCCAUCAAAGUAGUAGCAUUAACCAUCAAUUACGCAAAUUCACCGAUCCAAGAUCUCUCGGGCAGUCCCUAAACAACGUCCUAAGUUUCAACGAAACUCUAAGCCUCCCCCUCCAAUACUGGACACAACUAGAAGUUUCCCUCGGAGCCAUAUCACGCACCCGAGAAUUCACACAUCGCACCCCCACAGAGCCCAACCCGCUCUCUCCCAUUUCCCUCCUCCACAACUGGCCCGCACACAGCAGCAUCGAAACCCGCAACCUAGGCGCUAGCUACACGUCCCCAACACUCGCUCUAGACAACACCACCAUCUUCAUGCACACCAACGAGAAAAUUGGAUUCUGCGAUCGCAGCGACAGCGGCAAAAGUUCCUUGCUAUCAUGCCUUCUCCGACUCUUAGAAGCCCCCAGCGGACCCAUCACAAUCGACAGUAUAGAACUCUCCAACAUCGAGCAUCACACUCUUCGCGAACGACUUCUCACUGUCCCCCAAGAUGCAUUUUUAACCCAGCACACUAUCCGCUACAAUCUAGACCCUUUAACCCAAUACACCGAUGCCCAAAUCAUCGCUGGUCCCUCCUCUCCCCCCUCAACACAAUCACCCCCUCUAACUUUCUCUCCCAAGGGGGAAAAAAAAACAGCUAUUUGGGCUCGCGCGCAUGAUUCUCCGGACAUCGCAUAGAGAAGGAGCGGGAGGAAUUUUACUCCUCGAUGAAGCAAAGAGUAAUAUUGAUCGGGAAACCGACGAGGUGAUGCAGAGAAUUAUUCGAGAGGUGUUGAGAGGAUAUACGAUAUUGGUUGUGGCGCAUAGAUUGGAUAGUAUUAUGGAUAGCGAGCCGAUUGUUGUGCUUCAGAGGGGGAGAAUCGUGGAGGUGGGGGGUCCGGGGGA